CGCGUGCCGCCGCGCCCCGCCAUGAGGAUGGACGCGUUCGCCAUGGGCACCGUGCCGGUCGACGGCGGCCUCGCGACGCCCAAGCUGCCCCGCGCCCCCGCCGUGCUCGUGCACGCCGCCAAGAAGUGCUACGUGCAGGGCCAGUGGAUCCUGGACGGGCUGGACCUCACGGUGCCCGAGGCCAGCAUAUACGCGCUGCUCGGCGCCAGCGGCUGCGGCAAGACCACGCUGCUGACCUGCAUGCUGGGGCUUCGGCACCUCAACGCCGGCACGGUGCGCGUCAUGGGCUGGCGGCCGGGAGACCCCGGCUCGGGCAUCCCCGGGCCUCGCGUCGGCUUCAUGCCGCAGGAGCUGGGCCUCAGCGAGGGCUUCUCCAUCAGGGAGACGAUGAUCUACUUCGGCAGGGUGGCCGGCCUCCCCGAUGACGUCAUUCGCCAGAGGUCCAACGACCUGCUCAAGUUCCUUGACAUCACGGCCAAGCAGAGCCGCCUGCUCAGCCAGCUCAGCGGCGGCCAGAAGCAGAGGGUGUCCUUGGCGGUGACGCUGCUCCACUCGCCGCCCCUUCUCAUCCUGGACGAGCCUACCGUCGGCGUGGACCCCGUCCUCCGGCAGAACAUCUGGGACUUCCUCGUGGACCUGACGCGCACCUCCGGGACCACCGUCAUCAUCACGACGCACUACAUCGAGGAGGCGCGGCAGGCCAACAAGGUGGGUCUGAUGCGCCGCGGCAAGCUCCUGGACGAGGACGACCCGGACGCCAUGAUGGCCAAGCACAACUGCGCCACGCUGGAGGACGUGUUCCUGAACCUCAGCAUCCGCCAGGAGGGCGUCCAAGUGACCACCGAACCCAGCCAGGAGGCGAAGCGUCCAGAACACCAAGCUGUCGAGAGGAGGCACAUCAGGCAGGCCAUGGAGCAGUACGAGAAGCCGGCCCAGUUCCCCCAGCACAGCAACGUCAUGGCGUGCCUGUGGAGGGCCUGGCUGUACAUCACCAGAUACAAGUGGGUGACGGCGUACGUGGUGUUCAUGCCGGUGCUGUGCAUCUUCGUGUACUUGUUCGCCGUGGGCCGCGACCCGCACGGCCUGCACGUAGCCAUCGUCAACGACGACUCGGCGGACCAGUGCGCCGCCGGCUGGCCGGGCUACCCGACCGACUGCGAGCAGACGGCGGCGGAGCAGCUGAGCUGCCGGUUCCUGGCCCUGCUCAAGGAGAAGCACGACUACAUCCUGGAUCUGUUCGACGACAUGGACAGCGCGCGGACGGCCGUGCUGCGCGGCCACGCGUGGGGCGUGCUCAACUUCCCCGCCAACUUCUCGUACCACAUGACGCAGCGCCAGCUCUACAUGCAGGACGCCACGGAGGCGGACUUCGACGGCAGUGAGGCUGACGCCCACAUCGACAUGUCCAACCAGUACCUCGGCAACAUGGUCCGCGACGCGCUGUUCCGCACAACGAUCCGCUUCCACGACGACCUGCAGAAGGGCUGCAACCUGAACCCCCGGAUAGGCGCCAUCCCCAUCAACCAGCUGGAGCCCGUCUUCGGCAACAACGAGCCCAGCUUCCAGAACUUCGCCCUGCCCGGCGUCCUGCUGUGCGUCAUGUACUUCCCGGCCAUCUUCUACUCCACCGCCAACUUCCUGGAGGACAAACUGAACGGCGUCAUGGGGCGCAGUGCCGCCGCGGGCGUGACCCAGUUUGAGAUGCUGGCGGCGCGCGCCAUCCUGGACUGCGCGAUGAACGCCCUGAGCACGGCCAUCGUCAUCUUCAUCACGUUCGUGGUCCUCCAGUUCACCAACAACGGUUCCUACAUCCUCCUCAGCCUCCUGAUGUACCUGCAGGGGCUGUGCGGCCUGUCGUUAGGUUACUUCGUGGCCAGCCUGUGCCCGGACCACUACUCGUCCACGUUCAUGGGCAUGGGCAUCUUCUUCCUGAGCACCUUCGUGAGCGGCAUGUUCUGGCCGUCGCAGGGCAUGCACUGGUUCGUCAAGAUGCUGGCGCCCUUCACGCCCAUGAUGCUCUCGGUGGAGGGCGCGCGCACCAUCCUGUACCAGAGCUCCAACCCCAAGGACAUCGGCGAGGGCUUCCUGGCCACCGGGACCUGGACGGCGGCCACCUUCCUGGCCACCAUGCUCAUCAUCCGGUGGCAGAACAAGCGCGGCUAGCGCGGCUAGGCCGCCAAGAGGUCGCCGCGACGCCAAGGCGACGCGGUCGUCAAAAAAAUAUCUGUGAUUUUGUCGUUGGAGCGAAAGCCUCGCGGGCUUCUCGUCUCUGCAGUUGGCUGUGUCGCUGUGUCUCGGUGACGGCCAGCAUCGCCAGCAUUGGCGGCCACUCCUCGCACCGCCGAUGCCGGCUUUCCGUUUCCGCGCAGGGUUCUGGCCCCGGUCGCCGCGGUGUUCGCCGCCCAAGACGCGUUUCGAGCUCCAGAGUCGCUAAACAGGCCUCGAACCGAGCGUGUGACCCCACCAAUGGAUUCCUCGUUCGGAGAGCAAUCCGUUGGUGGGGUCACACGUUCGGUUCGAGUCCCACUUAGCGACUCUGGCGCUCAACGCGUCUAGAGUUUUGGCCGCCUCCACCGGUCUUCUGGCCCACUGUGCGGCGUCCUCCCUUGCCACUAUCCUGCCUAGACAAUUCGUGGAGACAAGAACUGGCCAGCUCGGCGCUCGAGUGAUGUAGUAAUGUGCAUACACACUAAAUUCCUUGGUGCAAUUUAUGGACGUGAUAUCACAAUUUUGCGCGUGCUUGAUUUUCGUGACCUCAAGUCGCCGGUGGCAGUUUCGCUCUUCACAAUGUAGCGCCAAACGUCCACGGAGGCGAUCACGAACACGCCGUGCACACUCAACGUUCCAGCUGUGACGCCCUAGUUUAAGUUUUAAGACUGACAAUAACGACUCGGUUUUUCCCCCCAGAGCGCUCUGAUUCCAUAUGGCUCUCCCACGACGAAGUGGACCGUUUCAAAGGUCCGCGGGUGGUUUUCUGUUCCCCCCCUCCCCUGCCUGUUUCUAGCGGGGACGCUGUGCUGGCUGCUGGCUUUUACUCCCGGUGGCGGAGCGGAGUGCAGCGUGCAAUGCAGGAAGCAUCGGCCAGGUGCAUCGCAGUGCAGUGGUCGCCCCGCUAGCCCCGCUUGGCAACGCCAUCCGUGCCCCGCCCCUCUCUCGGUCUCUCUCUCUCUCUCUCUCUCUCUCUCUCUCUCUCUCUCUCUCUCUCUCUCUCUCUCUCUCUCUCUCUCUCUCUCUCUCUCCUCUCUCUCUCUCUCUCUCUCUCUCUCUCUCUCUCUCUCUCUCUCUCUCUCCUCUCUCUCCCCUCUCUCUCUCUCUAGCCUGGCCUUGAGUGGCUCCAGCCUGGUCCUAUUACACAUUGCGUCCGCCGUUAGCAGGCUAUCAUCACUUACAAACAGCUCUCUUCAAACGUUUUUACGAUUUUGUAUCACUCCGAUAUGUUUUAAAAAGUUGACCGCCUUAUUCUUUUGCUCUGUCCGAUAUUUUUGGCGAAUGAGUAGAUUUUUCGCCAGUCUCCUGCUUUGCAAUAGCCCACCACCGUCAAGUCUCUCUCCUUCUGGCUGGACUCAUGUUUUGCUUCGGCUGACUGUCAUGUUUGUUAAACUGUUAUGAGCCCAUAAAUGUGUGGAUGAGUCUCCUUGCAGCGCGCCAGCGCGGUGGCAUUGUCCGAGCGCCAAUUAAAUUGUAGUUUCUCAUG